UGACCGGCUGGCUCAUGGCGAGGCCAGGAACAGCGGACGGACGGGGCGGAACCACAGCGGCGGGCAGGGGAGUCAUGCUGCGCUCCCUCAGUUACGUGACCGAUCAUACCGGCUUCCGCGGGACGAUCAAGAAGGCUCCCGCUGACUUCGUGGUGAGGGAGCUGGAGCUGCCGCAGCGCCCCGCGGCGCCCCGGGACGUCAGCCCGCCGCAGCCCGACCUGCCGGCAGGGAGUCCGCCCGCUGCCUCCGCCUCAGCCAGCGCCGGGGCUGGGGGCGCGGUGGUGCCUGCCCGCCGUGACCCUGUGUCGUACCCUGAGCAGAGCCGCUGUGCUGGGGGCGUGAAAUCCGGCCCGGAGGCAGCCGCUCUGUUGGAUUCCCUUUUGGGAAAGCCCGCGAGUGAAAGGCUUACUAAAUUUGCUUGUGAUCUGAAGGAGGCGUGGGACUCAGAAAGGGCUUGUGAUGUCGGUGCCGGGGAAUUCUCUUUGGGAGCCGUGGUGGAUAAGAGAGAUCGGGCCGAUUUGCACGGCGCCAUCAGGCAGAGAUUUCCCUUCUUAGUCACUGUGACAAAGGACAACGAAAUGGUUGUGAAAGGAAACGCUGACUACAGAGAACUCUGUCAGCUAGUGACUGAAAAGGAAACAAGCGAUUUCUUUAAAUUUUUAGACGCCAAGCUGGAAAAUUCCACCUUUUCUUUUGAGCCUGAUGGAAAUAAGGAGCACAGAAAAAAGGUUCACCACUUCAUCAAUAAAAAAUUUGGGAAAAUUUUAGAAACAAAGUCUUUUACUGUGGAAGAUGUCAGUUGUAAGCCAAAUAUGUCAAUAAUGGUAAGGUUUAGAGAGAAAAGUUGCUCCAGAAAGAGGUCUGCUGAUGGUUUCCAGAUAAAGCAAGAUCUUUAUACAGCUUUCACCCUUCAGAAAGAAAAUCUAGAGACACUGGAAGCAAUCAGCUGCUUGGCUGCUGAACUUGGAGUUCUUCCCUCAGACUUCAGUUACACGGGCAUCAAAGAUAAGAAGGCUAUUACGUACCAAAUGAUGGUUGUGAAGAAGGUUACUCCUGAGAGGUUGAAAGACAUUGAAAGCAAACUGGAAAAAAAGGGCAUGAGAAUACACAGCAUACAUUCAGCACACCAGCAUCUUAGACUUGGUCAGCUGAAAGGCAAUCACUUUGAUAUAGUUGUGAGAGAUCUCAAACACCACAGUCAUGAUUCUCCCGUAGAUCUGAAAGAAAGAAUAUCUGAAGCAAUGGAAAAUAUUGAGGCAAAAGGUUUUGUGAAUUAUUAUGGACCUCAGCGGUUCGGACAAGGACAGAAUGUUCAGACAGAUCAAAUAGGAUUGGCUCUACUGAAUGAAAAAAUGGUGAAAGCUGUAAAAUUAUUCUUCACACCUGAAGAUACCGAUGACCCUGUGAAUAAUGCCAAAAGAUACUUUCUUCAAACUGAAGAUGCAAAGGGGACACUCACAAUGCUGCCAGAAUUUAAAGUGAGAGAGAAGAUGCUGUUACGUGCUUUACAUCGCUACGGUGUAAAUCAAGAAGGCUGUACUAAAGGAUGGCUCAGUAUUCCUCAUUCAAUGCGCAUAUUCUACGUCCAUGCUUAUUGCAGUCAGGUAUGGAAUGAAGCAACAUCAUACAGGCUGAAGACUUACGGUUCCAAAGUUGUUGAGGGUGAUCUGGUCUUCUCAGAAGAAAAUGACGAAAGCCUUUCCCUGAAUGACAAGGUUCAUGUUGUCACUGCUCUAGAAGAGUCAGCUAACAAGUACUCUGUACACCAAGUUGUUCUUCCAAUGGUGGGCCAUAGUAUCAAGUAUCCAAGUAACAGAGUUGGGCAGUGGUACCGUGAAAGACUUUCUAAGGAUGAGCUGCAGAUGUGCAAAUUCCGAGUGCCUGCAUUGCAGCUGAACAUACCUGGGUGCUACAGACACAUCUUGAAAAAGGUUCAGAAUCUUUCCUAUUUUUUGGAAGGCAGUGAAGAAGGAAGCAAAGUUGAAGACAACCAUCUGAAUGAGUCAAAAGUAGCUCUUCAUGUAUCAUUUGACCUUGAUCCUUCAUGCUAUGCAACAGUCUGUCUCAGAGAAAUAAUGAAAUGUGACUUUUAAGAUUUCAGUUAAUGAAAGACUGCAGGAAUUUUAUACCAGUGCUUAUAUUUUUGUAUAAUGCAAAAAAAGAAAAAUAAAAAAAUCACAAUUUCAAACCAGGAA